AUGGGUGACGCGCCAUUGUCACCGGAGCAUGUGCUCGUUAUUUUCUAUCAGACGAUGCCAGCAGAACUGAAGGAGAUUAUCCGACACAAAUUCUCCGAUGCCGAGGUUACUAUUUACCACUCUCAGGGAGAUAUCCCUGUUCCAUCUGAAGUAUACCAAAGGGCCACCAUCCUUGCGACUUUCAGCGACCUUCCAGAUCUCAAGGACUCGAAGAACCUUAAACUAAUUCACACGUUCUCUGCUGGCGUGGAUCAUCUUUUGCGACAUCCAAUUUUGCAAGAAAGUAAUAUCCCCAUCACUACAAGCUCGGGUAUCCAUGGUCCUCCGAUUGCAGAAUGGACCGUGAUGAAUUGGCUUAUAUCUUCCCGGAAAUACGUCAAGGGAUAUGAGGCACAGAAAUCCCACCUAUGGGAUAAGGCUGCGUACAAGCCAGGUAUUCAUGAUCAAGUGGGCAAGAAGGUAGGUAUUCUAGGAUAUGGGAGUAUCGGGCGCCAGAUUGCCCGGGUCUCCCACGCAUUGGGCAUGACCGUCCACGCGUACACGGCUACUCCACGCCCAACACCUGAAUCCCGCCGUGACAGCGGCUACAUCGUGCCCGGAACCGGAGACCCAGACGGCUCAAUCCCGGCAUCCUGGCACCACGGAACAGACCGAGAAUCAAUCCGCUCUUUCUUGGCUACCGGGCUCGAUCAUCUGGUGGUCUCACUUCCUCUGACUCCGCAAACAAACCGACUACUCGGCGCAGAGGAAUUCGCCAUUCUCUCCGACAACUCUCAUCACCAUGCGAGCAAGCCUUACGUGACGAACAUUUCACGAGGCAAGGUUAUCGACCAAAAGGCCUUGGUCGAUGCGCUGAAUUCUGGGGUCUUGGGUGGUGCUGCACUUGAUGUCACCGACCCUGAGCCUCUUCCUGAGGAUGAUCCUCUCUGGGAGGCAUCCAAUGUCCAAAUCAGUCCACAUGUCAGCGCCCUUGGGGUCGAGUAUUUCCCGCGCUCUCUUGAUAUCCUCGAGGUAAAUCUGGGGCGCAUUGCUCGGGGUGAGCCGUUUAUCAACUCUUAUAUACGUGGCAAAGGGUAUUAG